CUCCGCCUCCCAGGAGGCCCGGGACGUGGGUGGCACCGAGGGGAAGGAGGCCGUUGCCAUGUGGGCCCCCGGUGACUCCAGGCGUGUGCGGUUGGGGGCGACUGCACGUGUGAUGGGUGUUGAUGGCUCCUGGGUGCGAAGUAAGAGUAGGAGGCGCGAUGUGCGAGCAGGAGGUUCCCGGCCCAGGUGCUGGGCUUGGCGGCGGCGAAGCAGCUCGAGAGGGAGGCCGGGGAGGCCGGCGUCAGCGAGGAGGGUGGAGGGACGGGCCGCCUCCCUCCAGUACCGGCGGCCUGUGCUGAGUAGAACAAUCAGCGAACGCUGCAAGGAGCCCUCUUGCAACAUGUCCCAGAAUGGAUUCGUUGAGGAUGUAGGCUACCUCAAGUGUGACGUGGAUGAUGCCUCGGAAACCCGCGAGGAGAACCUGGGGGAUGAGGCCUUCGACACAGUCACCUCCUCCAUUGUGUCUGGCGAGAGCAUCCGUUUUUUUGUCAACGUCAACCUGGAGGUGCAGCCCGCCCAGGCUGCCGAGAGUGACUCGCCGGGCGGCUGCGGGCUCCUACACACCUCCCGCAAGUACCUGAGGUUAAAGAACUUUGACGAAGAGAUACGCGCACACCGGGACCUCGACGGCUUCCUGGCACGGGCCAGCAUCAUCCUGAACGAGACGGCUACCUCGCUGGAUGACGUGCUGCGGGCCAUGCUGUCACGCUUAGCCCACGACCCCCACAACACUGAGCCUGACUGCAAUUUGGGCCUGUUCAUGGCCAUGCUCUUCACGGAUGCCGGGACUCCUACGGAGGGUAAAGCCCACCUGCUGUCAGACACCAUCCAAGGGGUCACUGCCACGGUCACAGGGGUGCAAUACCAGCAGUCCUGGAUCUGCAUCAUCUGCACCUCCAAGGCCCUGCAGAAGCGGCACGUGUGCAUCAGCCGGCUGGUCCGCCCCCAGAACUGGGGGGAGAACUCGUGCGAGGUGCGAUUCGUCAUCCUGGUGCUGGCCCCGCCCAAGAUGAAAAGCACUAAGACUGCAACCGAGGUGGGGCGCACAUUCGCCACCAUGUUCCUGGACAUCACCUUCCGCCAGAAGCUCCUGAACACCCGCACGGAGGAAGAAUUCAAGGAGGCACUGGUGCACCAGAGACAGCUGCUCACCAUGGUGCGGCAGUGUCCAUCCCUCGGGUCAAAGGGCUUCGUGAACUCCAUCAGCAUACGCAGAUCCCUGCAGCCCCCAAAGCAGAAGGACUUCCUCCCGAUGGGGAAGGGCAUCCGGGAGGACAUUGCCCGCAGGUUCCCUGUGUACCCACUGGACUUCACUGACGGCAUUAUCGGCAAAAAUAAGGCUGUGGGCAAAUACAUCACCACCACCCUGUUCCUCUACUUCGCCUGCCUCCUGCCCACCAUCGCUUUUGGGUCCCUCAAUGAUGAGAACACAAACGGGGCCAUCGAUGUGCAGAAGACCAUAGCGGGGCAGAGCAUUGGAGGCCUCCUGUACGCCCUCUUCUCUGGGCAGCCGCUGGUGGUACUGCUCACCACUGCGCCCCUGGCCCUCUACAUCCAAGUAAUUUCUGGCAUCUGUGACGACUACCAUCUGGACUUCAACACCUUCUACGCUUGGACGGGCCUGUGGAACAGUUUCUUUCUCGCGCUGUAUGCCCUCUUCAACCUCAGCCUGAUCAUGAGUCUCUUCAAGAGGUCAACAGAAGAGAUCAUUGCCCUGUUCAUUUCCAUCACAUUCAUGCUGGAUGCUGUCAAGGGCAUGGUCAAAAUCUUCCAGAAGUACUACUAUGACUACGACUUUGGGAACUACAACGUCGACAGUAGCGCUUCUCUGAUGAGCCUGCUGGGCCUCGGCACCAGCCUCAACAGCAGCCUCCGCAGCGCCCUCAACACCAGCCUCCUGCCUAGCCCACCGGAGAUGACCACCGUAAGCAGCCCUGCCCCGGAGCACCCAGGCCGGGAGACUGCUGUACUCAGCCUCCUCAUCAUGCUGGGCACGCUGUGGCUGAGCUACACCCUCUACCAAUUCAAGAAGAGCCCUUACCUGCACCCCUACAUGAGGGAGAUCCUGUCAGACUGUGCCUUGCCCAUCUCGGUGCUCACCUUCUCCCUCAUCUGCUCCUAUGGCUUCCGGGAAAUUAAAAUGAGCCAGUUCCGCUACAAUCCCAGCAAGAGCCUGUUUGAGGUGGCCGAGAUGCACUCCCUGUCCCUGGGGGCCAUCGCCAGUGCCAUGGGUCUGGGCUUCCUGCUCUCCUUGCUAUUCUUCAUCGAGCAAAACCUGGUGGCUGCCUUGGCUAAUGCCCCGGAGAACAGGCUGGUGAAGGGCACCGCCUACCACUGGGACCUGCUGCUCAUCGCCAUCAUCAACAGCGGGCUGUCUCUGUUUGGGCUGCCCUGGAUCCAUGCUGCCUACCCCCACUCCCCGCUGCACGUGCGGGCGUUGGCCAUGGUGGAGGAGCGGGUGGAGAACGGGCACAUUUAUGAGACGAUCGUGAAUGUGAAGGAGACGCGGCUGACCACCCUGGGUGCCAGCAUCCUGGUGGGCUUCUCCCUCCUGCUGCUCCCCUUCCCUCUGCAGUGGAUCCCCAAGCCUGUGCUCUACGGCCUCUUCCUCUACAUCGCGCUCACCUCCAUUGACGGCAACCAGCUCUUUGAGCGCGUGGCCCUGCUGCUCAAGGACCAGACCUCGUACCCGCCCACCCACUACAUCCGGAGGGUGCCCCAGCGGAAGAUCCACUACUUCACGGGCCUGCAGAUCCUGCAGCUGCUGUUGCUCUGUGCCUUUGGCAUAAGCACCCUGCCCUACAUGAAGAUGAUCUUCCCCCUCAUCAUGAUUGUCAUGAUCCCGAUCCGCUACAACCUGCUGCCCCGAAUCAUUGAAGCCAAGUACCUGGACGCCAUGGAUGCUGAACACUGAGUCCCUGACUGGCGGGCGGUGGCCGGGUCCCAUCCGCCUGUCCCUUGGGCUCUCCCCAGGCUGACUGUGGCCAUGUGGGGAGAGGUACAGGGGUCUUUGGGGGUGUUGCUCUGCACUGUGCUCCCCCCAGCUAUCCCAUCAGGCCUUGGACAUCUGGGCAUUGGAGUGGGGGCGGGGGGGUCCAUGGCAUGUGCCCAUCCCUGUCUCCAUGAGCCUUGCGCUUGGGUCAGUGACACUGCUCAGGACAGCUUCUGCCCAGAGUGGAACUAAAGCAAGACGGAUUUUCUUUUGAUAAAAGAGUCAGAUGCCUGAAAGAGAAACCAUUUCCUUGAUUGUAUAAGGAAUUUGCUGUGUGCAACACGAGAGAAUAAAGCUCCUGUUUCUACGCUUCCA